CGCAUUCAUAUAUAGAGCUUGUAUAUUCGUGUGUCACAGACGCGCAGAGGGGAGAGCGCUUGGCUCGCCGCUUCUAGAACCCUCGGCUCCUCUUCUCCAUUGUCUUUCAACCUCUCGCCCCCCUCUCUUCUUCCUCCAUCCCCACGUUGUGCUAUCGAUCGAUCCAUCGAUCGAUCGAAUCAUGGCGGAGGAGGAUGAGAUUCGCCUAGAGGUGGAGGCGGCCAUGGCCGUCUACGGCGACGAUUGCCGCGUGAUCCGAGAGUUCCCCCCUCACAUCGCCAUCCGCAUUCGACCCCGCACCGCCGACGAUUCCUCGCAGCAGUUUGUCGAAGCAGUUCUUGCAAUUAAAUCUUCUAGGGAGUAUCCAAAUGAAGCUCCUCAUGUUUAUGCUAUCGAAACAAAAGGCCUUGAUGAGAAUCGAAAGACAUAUUUAAUCACAAGCGUGCAGCAAAAGGCACAGGAGCUGUCCUCAUGCCCGAUGCUUGUAGCUUUGUGUGAGGAAGCUGUGGAGAUCCUAUCCAGUAUGAACCAUCCUGAUGGAGAUUGCCCAUUGUGUCUUUAUCCUUUGGUCAGAGAAGAAAAAAAUGCUUCAGCUUUGCCUUUCAUGAAGCUGAUGUCCUGCUUUCACUGCUUUCACUGUGAAUGCUUUUUUAGGUGGUGGAGAUGGCUCCAAGCGCAAAGUGGCACCAACCAAGCUGAAGAGCCUACUGUUACUGCGGGAAACCAGAGAGAUAUGCAUGAGGUUGUAAAUCAGCACCAGGGAAAUUGCCCAGUUUGUCGUAAGGUGUUUGAUGAGAAGGAUUUGGAGCAUGUUCUUGGUUAUUUGGAGACAUAUUCUUUUCAGUCGGGUUCUGCAGUAUCAGACAGGGACGAAAAGGAAAAGGCAUUGCUCCAAUCUGAGUCGGAGAAUCACAGGAGACAGCAAUUUGAGGCCCUCAUAAAGCUUCAGCAAGAAAGAAAUGGCCUUAUUGAACCUAAAAAGGAUCUGCUCAUAUUGCCUGGAAUGUUUCUUCCUGCUACUUCUGUUCCACCCACCACAUCAACAGAAGUUGGCUGCAGCGAGCAAUCUGAUGUUAACUCGUGCAGUUCGACCAUGGAAACGGAUUCAAACUCUUCACAAAUUAAAGCCACAACAAACAAUCGGACAAACUUAAGCAGUAGGAGGAGACAUAAAGGCCAUGGUUCGAGAAAGCAACAACAUGCGCAUUCUGUGAAAAGACAAUGGAUUCGUAAAGAAGAGGACGGUUCAGAGCAAUAGUGAAGAGACACUUGAGCUGAUCAAUUCUAUUAGCUAUCAUUUUGAAAAAAAAAAAAAAAAUGCAGCAGUUGUCCUUUUUUUCUUUCCCCCCUACUUUUCUUUUUCCUUUUUUUCCUCCCCUUCACUAGAUGUAAUCUGUCUAUGUUGCGGUAAAACUUGUAAUUCUUGUAGUGCAUAUAAUAGUUUUAUCUUGUGCUUUGAUGGCAAUUUGAGUUGCCAAAUUAAAUUAGCUGAGAAUUGCUGUAGUGUGUGACUAUAAUCGGUACUUAAUGAUGGUAUAUAGCAUUCUUUUUGCCA